AGGGGAAAAAGGAAACAGUAGAAUUCAUUAUCUUAAAACAUAAUAUGAUACAAAUUUGAAAAUAAUAACCUACCAGGAUGAUAGAAAAGAAACAGUUUUGCUACGGUAUUUGUAUAUAGACAUGUAUUUGUAGGCAAUCAAUCAGCUUUACUGAAUGUGUGUAUAGUCCUGACUAUAAAAUGCAAGUUUUACAUUUAAAGGCAGGGUUUAUGUUUUUGAAAAACUUUAGCUGACUAGCUGACAAUAAAACUAUGGCAAAUCAAGUUGCAUCAGAAGACGUUGUGUUGAUCUAUCAAGCACAUAUACUCCGAAUGAGAUUUUUUUGUUUAAAGUUAAAUGAACUUCUGUCCUGUCUUGCAGUGAAUUUACAGAUGAAAGACACAGAUGUAAAAACAUUAGCUGUGAGUUAUGUGUGAAGACACUUUCUGAUCAUCAGAUGAGUAACUGCAGUUCACCUGACAGAUAACAAUGAUUAAAAACAACACAAAACACUUAAGAUAAGAUGUUACUUACUCCAAAAUUUUACCUUCAGUUUGAUGGAGUAUUGAGGACUUAUUCUGGACAACCAUCAACUGAUAUUUCAACAUGAGUUUAGUUCAGAUCAGACAUGAUUAAGUCUUUAUUGCAUUUUGGUCUGGUUUUGUUUUCGUAGUUUUGUGACUUGAUUUACGUUUUUACUUCCUAAAGAAAACGUGACAAUUUUCCAUCGUUUAUAAAACAUCCUUUUUGUUAAUAUUUAGGGUGUGGUUUUUAAAACGUUUUUAAAAUGUUGUACUGCAACAUUAUUUAUUUACAAUGAAAAUACAACGUUGUAAAAACUUUUGUGUUUGUAUUUUUAAUCUGAUCAUAAUCUCUUUGUCCUACGAUGUACUAUCUAUAUGACUUUAAAAGCUUGGUGUUUUGACUUUAUUCUUCAGCAUUUAUUUCCCGUCUUCUCUCUCCAGUACAGCAGGAGGCGCUGCAGCUCUUUAGUCCGCAGAUAAACUCACUAAAGAAAGAAAGAAAGAAAGAAAGAGAGCGCGCGUGUGAUGUGUUUGUGUAUACUCAGUGUUUUUCUCUCUUGCGUGUUUCAUUGAGUGUAAACAGUCUCUUAUCUCUGUGUAUUUUAGUGUUGAGACAUUGAGUAGGAACUGAUCUGUCCAUGCUGGAUAUAUUGAUGAUUUUAUCACAGAAACCUCUCAGCUGAAGAAAGAGGUGGCGUUACUGGAGACUGAGGUCAAGAGGAGAUUUAUCAAUGAAUCGAGAGGAUGUGGAUUGUUGUGAAUCAUCAGUGUAUGUGACUGAUGAUGGGAGUCUGGAUUCAGUGUGGAUGAACAGAGAUCAGAGCCGCACAUCACAGCCACUGCUGGACACUAAACUCUCUGAAGAGAAAUCCAGACACACACAGGACUCCGAUCUCAGUCUGACUUUACUCUGUUAUACUGAGUCAAAGCUCACAGACACUCAGGACACUACAGUGUGUGACAGUAAACAGAGCUUACAGGAGGAUCAAACCUCCACAGAGUCUCUGGAUUCUGUCUGUAAUGCUGGAGAACAGCAGCAGAUCCUGCAGACCAAACUGAAGAUGUGUUCAGUUAAACUCAUCGACUGCACGAACCUCAUGAUGAAGAUUAAAACUGAACCCACAGAAAUGAAAACUGAACCCACAGAAAUGAAAACUGAACCCACAGAAAUGAAAACUGAACCCACAGAAAUGAAAACUGAACCCACAGAAAUGAAAACUGAACCCACAGAAAUCAAAACUGAACCCACAGAAAUCAAAACUGAACCCACAGAAAUCAAAACUGAACCCACAGAAAUCAAAACUGAACCCACAGAAGAGGAAGAUGGCACUGAGGAAGAUGAUGAUUUUAUUCCAUCAGAUGUGAAGACUGAUUCAUGUUUGGAUAUAGAAAUAACGUCCUCAACAUCAAAAGAGCGACUGACAGCACAAACUCUUUCCUGCAUCACCUGUGGAAAGACAUUCAGCUCAAAGAGACUUUUAGAGAGACAUGAGAGAAAACACACAGAACAGAAACUCUUCACCAGAUCUGAGAUCAGCUUUACUACAUUACAAGAGAAGAAACUUCAUUCAGAAGACCACAGAGAGAAGAAGAAGAAGAAGAAGCAGUUUCACUGUGAGCAGUGUGGGAGGAUUUGUGCAUCAUCCUCUAAACUAAAUAUUCACAUGAGGACACACAGUGAUGAAAAGCCUUUCAACUGCACUGAAUGUGGAAAAUACUUCAAAACCAAACACAAUCUUAAAGUUCAUCAGAGAAUUCAUACAGGAGAAAAACCUUACAAAUGCUCUGGGUGUGAAAAGAGCUUCUCUAAUUCAUCUAAUUUAAGAGUUCAUCAUCAGAGAGUUCAUACUGGAGAAAAAACGUACGAGUGUACUCGCUGUGAGAAGAGAUUUAGCUAUAAAAGUGAUCUGAAGAGACAUGUGCGUUCACACACCAAUGAGAGGGUGCGUUCACACACCAAUGAGAGGGUGCGUUCACACACCAAUGAGAGACCGCAUCAGUGCAGUGAAUGUGCAAAAACCUUUAGGGAUUUACGUUUAUUAAAAAAACACCAGCAUAUUCACUUUAAAGAGAAACUCUAUCAGUGUUCAUACUGUGAUAAACGUUUCUGCCAUAACUAUAAGCUGAAAAUCCAUGAGAGAGUUCACACUGGAGAAAAACCUUACAAAUGCUCUCAAUGUGACAAGACUUUUCACCAUUCACGUAACUUAACAUUCCAUGAGAGAGUUCACACUGGAGAGAAACCUCAUCACUGUAGUGUCUGUGGGAAGAGUUUUAGUCGCAAAUCAAACUUACUAAGUCACCAGAACAUUCAUACAGGUGAAAGACCUUACAAAUGCUCUCAGUGUGACAAGACGUUUACUUUUUCAUCUAACUUAAAAGAACAUCAGAGAGUUCACAAUGGAGAGAAACCUUACGUCUGCGCUCAAUGUGGAAAGCGCUUCUCUAGUUCAUCUCAAUUCAUAGAGCAUCAGAGAGUUCAUACUGAAAAGAAAUAUCAUCACUGUAGUCUCUGUGGAAAGAGUUUCUCUUGUUCAUUUCAAUUCAGAGUUCAUCAAAGAGUUCAUACUGGAGAGAAACCUUAUCACUGUAGUGUAUGUGGGAAGAGUUUUAGUGUAAAGGAUACCUUACGUAGGCACCAGAGAGUUCAUACAGGUGAAAAACCUUACAAAUGCUCUCAGUGUGAAAAGACUUUUGAUUAUUCAAGUCACUUCAGAGUCCAUCAGAAAGUUCACACUGGCCAGCCAGCACCAGCAUUUUUUAUGAUUUUCACAAAAGUUUAAUGUCUUCCAGAAAACUUACAAUAUAUCAAAUGAAAAACAGGCCCUCUGCUUUCAAACAAAAAAAAAGUUUCAUCCUACCUUCAUUAGUUAUCUUGUAAUCACCUCUCAAAUAAGGGAUGGUUUCUUAAAAACACACCAAAUUUUGAGCAAAAGGCUGAGAUAAUUGCAUUUUUGUAAAGGACUUUUGAUAGAGAUCCAAUAAUUCCAAUUCAGACCGAUCCAUAAAAAACAUACACGGACAUAAAGCUGUUGUAUAAGUUGUGGAAGAGCACCACCUGGUGGAUAAUAGCGGUAUUUCGGAAAGCCGGAAUUACUCGUCAUUGGCAGGGAAGCAUUUUUUUUUCACUACAACAAUGGUGGAAAACCGAAACGUGAAUAAUAGACUGAGGAGAAGAGCAUCUAAAUCACUAUUAGAGAGGUGUGAUGUGUGCUGCUUUUGGGCUUCCAGGGCUACUUGUAGGCUAUAACUAUAUGACUGCAGGUGAAGGUGGCAAUGUGAUAAAUAUUGCAUCUACUUUGACGUAUGAUGUCAUAUGACAGUCUAGUAGUGGUGUCCCAUUUCUUAGGGAAAUAUUUUUAACCCUUCCCCUGUUCACACUGUUUUAGGAGGCAAGGUUAAGGGUUAGGCGUAUAAAAUAGAAUUGGAAUUGGGCCUAAUAAUCUAUGGUGGGUUAUUUGUGUAUGGUGGUUAAAACAUGCAAAUAAUAAACGUCCGCUAGACUGACCGAGCAGCUAAUCAAACGUCUUGAACUUUUCAGCGCCUAGCACCGUGUGGGACCCACGUGACGUCCUGACGUGAAGUCAACGCCUUAGAAAUAGCAUUUUUUCAGCCAGGUGAGGUGCUAAACUGUUAAAGCGAAAUUGAACCCUAGAUAUUUUAGCCUGUUAUCAGGGGUAAUUUAUUUCCAUUUUGCAUUUUACAUGAGAAAAAAAUAAAUUUGCACGAUUUCGAUAAAUUAGAUUGAUGGUGUGUUGAAGCGAAUUUUCGUAACGGUCUUUCGUAGACUCAAUUGACCAGAAUGCACUGCGUGAAACUGAGUCAUAUGGACUACCGGCACAUCCGGGAACUUGACUGUAAAUUUCGUCACCGCCCCUUUUUGGGGGAUAAAAAAGCAGCCUUUCCAUUGGCUUCCAUUCAAAAUAGCGGAACAAAGCAACGUUUUUACACAGCCGGCAGGCGUAAAUAACUUAUGAAAUCACUCAGAUUAAACAUGUCGAGUAAUUAUCUGUACACCCUGCUUGCCAUAGAGCGCGAAAGAUACAUUAACACAUUUAAUUUGGUCAAUAUAAAAACAUGUCCCUUUCAUUCUCACAGCGUCAAAUUUGUGUAACAACGCCAUCCAGUGAUUGCUGGAAAUAUCGCUAGGCCAGUUAGUUGUAUGAGUGGACGGAAAAGUGCACUCAUUACUCUAAAUAUAAAGACAUAAUAAAUAAAUACGAAGUAACUUUCAAAUACAAGUAAAAUCAUUCACUUGCUUCCCUGUUGACUCGAAGAGGUACGAGUAAAUGUCCGGGUAAGACACCUCUGGCCAAUAGGGAGCGUUGUUACACAAAUUUGAUGCUGGGAGAAUGAAAGAGACAUGUUUUUAUAUUGACCAAAUUAAAUAUGUUAAUUUAUCUUUUGCGCUCUAUGGCAGGCAGGGUGGACAGAUAAUUACUCAACAUGUUUAAUCUGAGUGAUUUCAUAAGUUAUUUACGCCUGCCGGCUGUGUACGAAGGUUGCUUUGUUCCGCUAUUUUGAAUGGAAGCCAAUGGAAGGUCUAGUCUGAUUUCCCCCAAAAGUGGGCGUGAACCUGUUCAGAGACAUUCUAUGACGUUGCGCCAAUUGUGCGUAUUAGCACAACCCACUAACCAAUGAUCGAUGCAGCCUUAAGGCAUGUUCUACUUCAUGCGGCGCCACAAGGAACCGCGAAUAAUUGCGAAAUCAUACGGAGGAGUUUGCUUUUAAAUCGCUCUCGCGGAACUUUGCCGUCAUCCGGCUGCUGUUCCUUGUGGCGCUGUACUUUGAGGUCAUCUGGCUGUCGAUUCUUACGGCACAGCAUGAAGUGGAACAAGCCUAAUAGCUUCUUUUACCACUCAACCUGCUCUCAAAUCAACUCAAGGUAACUUGAAGUUAGACAGCAGACGAACCCAACCAAACAGUAACUUCGCUUUUACCGUCUCUGAAGGGGAAAUCACCAAAACCCUCAAUAAAAGAUGACUAGAACCUGUGCAGUAUGUGGAUGUAAGGACAACAAAUUCAAGUCACCGGGAGUUUUUAUUGUUUACAUCAACGCAACCCUCAGUUGGCACACCACUACUCGAAAAUUUAAAUAUGCAGCCAGCACUUUUGUCAGGAGGAUUUCGAGUACUGUUUUUCAGCACAGUUUACCCACAGACUCAUGAUCAAAAUAUCUAAAACAUAAUUUGGCUUAGUUGUUGCUUGUUUUGGGUAACUACGAUAAACAUACUACACAGAAAGUUAUCAUGUUGUUGUUAUUAUGAACACAAGCAAAGCAAGCUAACGUUAGCUCAUCCUGUGCAGCUGUCAAUCAAAGAAUGUUAUCAUUUACUGUCAAUCAUCUCGCAUCAAGAUCUGCCCCUAUUCAGAACGUUCAGAAAAUGUAAGACAGAGCGCACUGAUUCAUAACCACGCCCACCGGGGGGGAAACAAUCCAACCGUCUCCAUUGACUUUGUAUUGCGAGAGGCUGCCUCCUUGUUAUUUCUGGCUUAUAACAAAAACAAAAUAAUGCCUAAAAGCUGCUGUGUGACAAAGUGUACAGCUAACAAGCCAAAGAACACAGAAAUAAGUUUUUAUAAGCUGUCGACUUCAAAAAAUGAGCGUUUAAAGACACAAAAGUGGAAACAGGCAACUUUUCAUAGUACUCCUAUUAGUAGAACUGCGUCCACUAGGGGGAACUGUAGUCGUCGAUCCACUUUUUUCUCCUUAAAGGCUGGGUUUUACUAUUUGACAGCUUAUAAAAACUUUGCAUUCACACAGAUACUGGAAAGGUCCCAUAAGACACGUGACCUGUUUGAAAUCCUGCACUUUCUUCUCGGCAGUGUCUGAAGUUUACUUAUUAUUCAUUAUUUCUCUCUCCAGAAACCACUCGCGUGCAUUUUUGAUAACGAUAUAUCUUGUUGCGAUGACGCGUGGGCAUUUUUGUGUGUUAUAAGCUCAUUUGAGCAUGUGACACGAUAUUCUUUUAUGCUGCUGAAUGAUCUCUGCUUCAGCGCUAAUAGUGAUGAGCUAACUUGUAUUGUGUAUGUGUGUGGUUGUUUUAUUUUCAGGCAGCAAACAUACUGUAACUAUAUAUAAAAAUGAUAAAUGUGUCAAUAAAAUAUGAAAACAACACAAAUUAACACUAUUGUAUAAUCUCUUUUAUAAACUCUUUUGUUAUGUGUCAAACUCGUUUAUUUUAUGUUGUGUGCUAUGUGAUUUUAAGAAUUGGUUUCAAAGUCUUAAUGUCAUGGGACCAUAAUGUCUUUGCUUGGAUAGAAACACACUGAGAAAGAACUGUUCAGAUUAUUUAGUAACUGCUUUGUUCAUUUUUACAAUGAUUACGUCUCCUGCCUUCUGCUAUAGGCCUAUACGCAAACAUGUCACACUUUCAUUGCACAGACACCAUAUAUUGUAUAACAGUUUUUUUUACUUUAUUAUUAGUAUUUUAAUGACAAUUACAGUCGAAUGUUAUGUUGUAAAAAAGCAAGAAAGUCAUUGUACAUGUAUACAGAUGAAAAUAAAGGCUUUAAACUUCAA